GCUCUAUAAGCCAUUUUCUUCAAUCUUCACCACACCACACCACUUCUACAGCAUUCAACCCAACCCAACCCAACCCUAGAUCUUCAUUCUUCUCUACAAUCACUGACUUUGAAUUCCUAUUCACUCCCAUUUCUCUUCUUCAGAUCUGAACUACACUUUCCUAUAAAACCCACUUUCACCCGCUUCCUACAUUGCCAUUUCACUCAACAAUUCUACACAUUUUCAUAUUCGCUUGCGUCACUGCCGUGAUUUUUCCAGAUUUACUGCCCUUUUUUCUCAAAACCCGUCUUCUUUACUCUGGAUCUAUGGGGAUGAGCUCAAUUUCUUGGGCUUCGAUCUAUUAUUUAUAGAUAUAUAUAUAUACACACACCCUAUACUUAUAUAUAUAGACAGAUAGAUUGAAUUAUAUAUAGAUAUACAUAGAGACAUAGAAUUACAUUGUUUAUUUAGUGUUUGAUGGCAACGCAAUCUGGGAAUGCGGUGAAUUCCGCGCCGGAGAAAGUUGGCGGAGGCGGCGCGGGAGUGGUGGUGCACCACCAGCAGCAUCACAGGGGGCAGCAGCAGCAGUGGUACCCUCCCCAGCAGCACCAUCAAGUGGACGAGAGGGAUGCCUUCAUGUCGUGGCUGAGGGGGGAGUUUGCGGCGUCGAAUGCUAUAAUCGACGCCUUGUGUCAUCAUCUGAGGCUGCUGGGGGAGCCGGGGGAGUACGAAGGGGUGAUCGGUUGCAUUCAGCAGAGGAGGUGUAACUGGAACGCCGUGCUCUAUAUGCAGCAGUACUUCUCCGUCGCCGAGGUGGUGUACGCCUUGCAACAGGUGGAAUCCAGGAAGCAGCGGCGGGGAUUUGAUGCCGCCGGCGUCAAGGUUAGAAGGGCAGGCGGUGGCGGGGCCCGAGGAGCUCCCUGGAGAAAUGAGGGAGUCAGAGAUGGGAGAGAGAGUGAAGCCCACAAUUCCAUUGCUGAGGCUAGCAGUAAGGACUUAAACUCAAAUGGAAAUGGUAGUGAGAAGUUGGAUGUGGCUGAGAGAGAAGUAGAAUCCAAACAAGCUGGCAAGAAAGAAUUUCCUGAAAGACCUGAAUCAAAUAGCUUAACAAAAAAUUUGGGAAGCAGUCAAACUGGUGACUUGCAAAGUGAGGCAGAUAAAGCUGAUAGAUACAGUACGAAUUCUGAUGGGUCUUGUGGUGUGGAGAAUGAAUGUAAUUCCACACAAGUACCACAUGGGAAGCCGAACCUUACAAUCACUCCAAAAACUUUUGUUGGUAAAGAGUUAUGUGAUGGAAAAAUGGUCAAUGUUGUUGAUGGACUAAAAUUAUAUGAAGAAAUAAUUAGUGAUUCUGAAGUUUCAGAACUUGUUACGUUGGUAAAUGAUUUAAGAGUUGCAGGGAAAAGAGGACAGCUUCAAGGACAAACAUUUAUUGUGUCAAAGAGACCUAUGAAAGGGCAUGGGAGGGAGAUGAUUCAGUUGGGUGUUCCCGUUACAGAUCUUCCUGGAAAUGAAGCUACUGCUGGAAUAUCCAAAGAUCGGAAAAUAGAACCCAUUCCUGCGUUGCUGCAAGAUCUUAUAGAAUCUUUGAUGUCUAAGCAAGUUUUCUCUGUGAAGCCAGACUCUUGCAUGAUUGAUAUCUUCAAUGAGGGAGACCACUCACAUCCAAAUAUGUGGCCCUAUUGGUUUGGACGGCCAAUAUGUGUUCUGUUUUUGACAGAAUGUGAUAUUACUUAUGGAAAAAUUAUUGACUCAGACCAUCGUGGGGACUAUCGGGGCUCUCUCCGGCUUUCUCUUGCACCAGGGUCAUUGCUAGUCAUGCAAGGAAGAUCGGCUGAUUUUGCUAAACAUGCAAUCCCGGCCCUCCGGAAACAGCGAAUCCUUGUUACCUUAACAAAGUCGCACCUUGAGAAAAUCACAUCUGGUGAUGGUCUAAGUGCCCCUUCAUCUAUAGGAACACCUUCCCCCCACUGGGUUCCCCGUCCUAGCAAGUCACCAAAUCAUAUCCACCACCGUCCUGCAGGCCCGAGGCAUUAUAGUCCAGUUCCUGUGCCCACAACUGGUGUCCUACCAGCCCCGCAACUCCCUCCUAAUGGAAUCCAGCCAAUUUUUGUUUCUACCCCGCUUGCACCACCAAUGCCUUUUCCACCCGCUUCUGUUGGGUGGGCCGCUGCCCCACCUCCAAGGCAUCCUCCACCUCGCUUGCCAGUUCCUGGCACAGGAGUUUUUAUCCCUCCAGGCGGCUCAGGGAAUUCACCAAAUCAAUCUUCAGUAUCAACUUCAGCCAGUGAUGGUCUUUCUGUUGAUACAUCACCAUCUGAAAAGGAAAACGGGACAGGGACACUAAACGGUGACAUUUCUUCUUCUUCCCCAAAAGGUAAAAUAGACGAUGGAGAUGUGCAAAAGCUAGAGAUAAAUGGAGACAUGGAGAGUAGUGGUACUGGUGCUGGGAAGACUGAUGAUGGUAAUGAAGAUUGAAGACAGCUAAGCUAAGCUAGCACACAAACUGGAGAUGAUAGAUAUAUUUUUGUUAAUCUCUUUUUUGGGCUGCAAACUGUAACAAGUUUGAAGCAAAAUUUUAUGGCGGUAGAUGCUGAGAAUUGACAGUCCUACAGUCCCAGAGGUGGGAUUUUUUUUUUUUUUUUUUUUUUUUUUAAUAUACUGUAGCUCCCCAAACUUUCAGCUACUAAAUAGAAGUAAUGGUCAUCUCUUUUGCUUCCAAAA